UUAAUAUUUAACGUAGUUUCAGCUUUGUGAAAAAUUUUGUGAAAAAAAAAUCUAUAAAAAUUUUGGAAAAUUAACCUCAUUCGGGAAAUUGUUAUUUGGAUAAAAGUAUUUUGAUCUGGCAACGUUAAUUGUAACACCUACCCUGCUUUCGGCAAAAUCUUUUCUUUUAAUUAUAUCAAAAGUUUCUGAUUUCAUUGCCACAAGAGGACUUUCAGCCCGACGAUCCCAAGAUGGCAUCUCGAAACACGCCGCCCACGCAUUCCGGAAAGUGUUCCAUGAAGGGCAGCGUCAAAGAAAAUGUUCCUCAGUCCCUCGACGCUGCUGUAGCAACCACUGCAACCGCUGCUGUUCCGUCUGCAACUACUGCUGCCUCUUCUGCAAAAACUGUUACUAACGCAAUCCCGCCAAUAGAGAAAAUCCAACCAGGAGCUAGUUUGCGCAGAGCUCCAGUAACCAGCAGUUCAUCCAGCUCACAGUUAUCUGUGGUGAUAGAGGAGCGACUUGACGAUCGCGACAGCAUUGAACUUUUUUUUAAGAAAUUUGACGAAAUGAGAUCCAGAGUGGAAGCUAUUGAACGGUUCAAUGAUAUGAACCUUCGAGUCACGGCAGGCCUUGUUGUUGCUGGUGCAGUAGCGAUUGGACUCGCUCUCUGCUCUUUAUUAAAAAAAUGACCGCGAAAUAUUUCGUCACCAGGCUCGAUCAUCAACUCUCAUUUUUUUAGUUUAAAAUUAUUUAUUAACCAAUGUUCACCGAAAACUAGUCACAAGCAUUCUAGCAAAACUUCGAAGCUUCACAGCAAUUCUUCAUUUCAUGGACAUUUAUUUCGUCAUUCCAACGUUUGUACAAUUAGCAACUGUUUUUAACACCACAGGUUUUAUUCCACUUACAUGAAAACAAAAAAGUUGAAACAUGCUCUUUUUGACAAUUUAUUAUUGAAACAAAUAGUUAAAAGAAAUAUUUAUUUUAAUUGUUGGGCCAACCUCUUUAUGUUGAAGACCACUUCAUGCAAAUAUUUUCAAAUAGUCGUUAUUAAAACAGUUCAGUAUAUCUUAUUCAGAUUUGUAAAAACGAAGUAAUUUGAAAAGUCAGUGAUAAAAUAAUUUAUUACCAAUAACUCCAAACAUA